AUGGGAGCGAGGUCACCUUUCCAAGGCGCGCAAGGCGUAGUACCAUACCUGCCGGCGGAUAGUGGUGUAGAUAAACAAGUGGUUAAAUAUCUGCCAGUGGAUACUGACUGGGAUACAACGGAGUGUUAUAUGAUCGUCUCUGCAGGCGAAAGUCGUUCAAGGGAAGAUGCUACAUCGCUGCUGAAUAAUGUUCGAUGGAGCUAUGUGAUGUCUGAUCCGGCGUUCAAGGAAGACUGUGGAUUCAAGAGAGACAGGACACCGACUCGUCCCAAAAAGCGGGUAUUCAACGAUGAGCCCGAAACAAAUCAUCUUUUCGAGGCCAGAAUUAAACGCACGAAGGUCUUGGAUAAGCCGAAAGCACAACUGGUGUCAAAGACGGCUUCUGUGCUCAAAGCGGCACUAGACAAGAUCAAAGAAGACGAAAAAAAAAUUCAGACACCCGCCAAAGUUGGUCCUCCCGCUGUGUUCACAAAUAUGAUGCGCUCAUCGGCAAACAUCACAUCGUCAGUGCCACAAUCACCAAAGCCCGGAUUCCAUCUAAAAUCUGGUACUCAUCACUCGGGUUCUACACCCCCCGCAAAACCGGCUAAGACCCCGUUUGGAAAGUUCGGAACCUCUCCCACUGUCACAGAUUCGAGUGUCUUAAAAUUUGGUACAGAACCAGCAGCCCCAGCCGUGAAUGUGAGCGAGAGUCAAACAGCUGAACCCAAAUCACAGGACAAACCCCGCACACAGGUACAGAAAUCGGCACAAAGUUCGAUUGUGUUUGGCUCUAGCACCUCGAAGAGCUUCCCGUCAGCCACGCCCAGGAAGGAUAUGGCUCACGAGAGUGCGUUAGGGAGUGCUAUAUCGAACCCAUUUGCAAAGACUGCACAGGACAGCGUGCCAUUAGAGCCCUCCACAAGAGAGGACAGUACGUCCUCGGCCAAACCAGUGGCUGCACAGACACCACAGAAACUAGCCCCGGCGAAGGGAAGGACCUUUGGCUUACCCUCAGUAGCGGGUGAUGGGCUGGGUAAUAAGCCGAGUGGAGUUUCUGGCCGUCUUUUGGGACCGCUGAGCGCACCCACAAAGGUAGGGACGAUGCCGCGCACGAGUGUAAAACAAAUCAUGGACAAAAAAUAUUAA